CAAUAACAUCAGUAAAAUUGUUGCUGCUGCUGUUAUGUGCUGUCUGUAUGUGUGUGAGCGUAGUUAAAUCUGUACAUGCUGUAACACACACACAUACACACACGCUACUGUAUGUCUGAGCCAGGGAGGCCUACCUCUGCACUUCUCUCCACAGAUGGCCAAGUUACUGGUCUGUUGUCAAUAUGUGCUAGGUGUCUUGAUGGAGGAUACUGAGUACCCAGGGAUGACUAGGAUGGAUUCUAUGUUAGCAGGUCCGGCCAGCCCACCUGAAAAGAAGCUCAAAUUGCAGAUGGACAAUGAAGAUCUCAUUAUAACUGCUACAAACAUGAGUGAUUUUGGUGAAGUCUAUAGCAACGAAAGAAACAUGAAUUCCCAGCCACAAAAGGAACCUGAUCCAGAUGCUAUUAAAAUGUUUGUUGGACAAAUACCUCGUUCUAUGGAUGAAAAUGAACUCAGAAAAAUGUUUGAGGAAUUUGGUCCAGUAUUUCAGUUAAAUGUCUUACGGGAUAAAAUGACUGGACAGAGUAAAGGAUGUUGUUUUGUUACUUUUUACACAAGGAAAUCUGCCCUAGAUGCACAAAAUGCUCUUCACAAUAUUAAAACAUUACCACAAAUGCAUCAUCCCAUACAAAUGAAACCCGCUGAUAGUGAAAAAAGAAAUGGUAUCAACGGAGUACCCAGAUUUGGGGCUAAAGUUGAAGAAAGGAAGCUGUUUGUUGGUAUGAUCUCAAAGAAAUACAAUGAAAGUGAUAUACGGAUAUUGUUUUCUAACUAUGGAUCAAUAGAGGAUUGUACAGUAUUAAGAGACCAAAGUGGGCAAAGUAAAGGUUGUGCAUUUGUUACAUUUAAUAACCGACAGAGUGCUCAGAAUGCCAUCAAAAAUAUGCAUCAUUCACAAACAAUGGAGGGGUGUUCUUCACCAUUGGUGGUAAAGUUUGCAGAUACUCAGAGGGAAAAAGAAGCUAAAAAACUGCAACAAAUGAAUGCUAAUUUAUGGAAUUUGUCUUUGGGAGGUUUAGGUCCACUGGCCCCUCAGUAUGUGUCGUUAUUACAACAAGCAGCAGCUGGUGGUGGCGGCGGAGGUGGAGGUGGCAACAUGGGGGGAGGAUACGGUAAUUUAGGUAAUGUUGGCUUGAAUACCAUGGGUAUCCAGCAGUUAUUGACUGCUGCCGCUGCAGCUGCCGCAACUGGCAAUAAUCCAGGCAUACUGGCAGCCCUGGCUGGGUUAAACACUGGCAGUCUAACGAAUAACAAUGGUCCUUCUGCAUACUCCCCUUCCUCCUCCUCCUCCACUACCUUGUCCACUGCUCCGUCUGCUGCAGCGACAGCGGCAGCCUUAGCGGCAGCAGCCACAAUGGCGUCGCUGGGGGGAAGCAAUAACAGUGGCUGUUCGUCAGCUGCAACAGGAGAAACCAACAAUUUGCAACAUUUGCAGAACUUACAGAGUUUAACUGCAUUGGCUAAUGCCUCUGGUAAUGCAGGUUCAUUAAGUGCUCUAGGAAUGCCAAGUUUGGCAGCAUUAAACCAGCUUGCAGGAAACACAAAUGCAUCCAGUGCAUCUGAACCUGUCUUCAACUUUUGUCGUACUAUAACUGGUACAACCUCCUCCAACUCACUAAGUGGCCUCACUGGAAUGCAAAAUCUAGGGAACAAUUCCUUAACAAACCUCUCUAAUUUGACCUCAAGUGUAACAAGCAACAUGAAUGGCAUUGGCUCCAAUACCAACCCAACAGGUAUUGAUGCUCUUAGCCAAGCAUAUUCGGGGAUACAGCAAUACGCAGGUUUGUCAGGUUUGCUCCCUCCAGGUAAAGCCUCCUUUCCAAAUGCAUUCAAUAGCCAAUCAGCUCAGCAGCUCCAACAGGCUGCAGCCAAUUCUGCUGCUGGGAAACAAACCGAAGCAGGUCCAGACGGCGCCAACUUAUUUAUAUAUCAUUUACCACAAGAGUUCAGUGAUCAAGACCUCAUGCAGACUUUUAUUCCAUUUGGAAAUGUUGUUUCAGCCAAAGUCUUCAUUGAUAAACAAACAAAUCUUAGCAAGUGCUUUGGUUUUGUGAGUUUUGACAAUCCUUUGUCAGCACAGGCAGCAAUCCAAGCCAUGAAUGGAUUUCAGAUUGGCAUGAAACGACUGAAAGUGCAGUUGAAGAGGCCAAAAAAUGAUAGCAAACCAUACUAAUGUAGAAUAUCCUUUUAAACCGAUGCAACAUGAUGAAGAAGGGGAAUAGAAGCGAGCGUUGUCAUACGAAGUACCAAGGCGUGAGCUUGAGCAAAAAGGGAGUAUGAUGUAAGAAAAAGAGUGUAGUAGAGGAAGUAAUGGAAGAGACAGAGUGAUAGCAGCUACAGGUUUCCUGAUAAGAGAGUGAACAAUACAGGUGGCUGAUAGUAAAAGUGAGUCAUGGUCAACAGUACUGAUGGCAGUGUCUUGUAUACAGACAUCUGAUGCAAGCCCUCGUUACACAAGCAUCAUAAUGGGAGUAAGUAGAGUGGUAAGGGAGGUAGUGAGAGGAUCAGAUACGGUGCAAAUACCAUUUUUCUUUGUUACACAGCAGUAUGGUACACUAAAGAGAAACGUCAGAAGAGGGUCUUGAAGAAGAAGGCACGAGAUAUGGAUUCUUAAGAAGAACAAAACGCUGGGAGAUCCAAAUGCAGUUUAUGUUGUACAUCUCAGCUUCCAGAACUGCUACCAUUUUAGUAAUAUAUAUAGUACAAUCAGUAAUUUCAAUUAUCACUAGACAAUUAGCAGUAGAAUUACUAACGGUUUCAUUUAUUGUGAGCUAUAUCAGAAUUAAGUAUUUUCGUUUAUAACUGGCUAAAUUUUACCAUUUUAAACAAAAAAUCGUUUACAAUCACAAGUCUGAAAUAUUCAUAUUUUUUUUUUAUUUAAUCUCAUUUGGAAUGGAUUAUUCCAUAUAGAUUCUUAUAAACAAUACCUGCCUUUGACAUGUUUUUGUGUUAUAAGAUUAGCUGGGAGUUGUUCUGUUGAGCGAUACAUUAUAAACACUAAAUAAGCACAAAAUAUUCCUUGUGUGUUUGAAAUGUAAUUUUUACAAGAUGCACAUGGAAAUACUUAUGAAUGUAGUCUCACUAGCGAGUGGAAACAUUGCCAAACCUAACUCUAGCAGAUAAACAUGUCAACCAAUAAAUAAUUGGUUUCUUUUAUACUUGUAUUUGAAUACUUCGAUGGGGAUUCUUUUUGUCAGAACAAUCCGAUUUUCUGAAUGCAAUCUGUAAUUAAAUAUAUCUAAUAGUUAUUUUAAUAUUCCAGAUGAUUGCUUUCUUUGAUUCUGGCGGAAAAUCGUCGCAGGGGACGAGUGGGGCAAAUUCACAUGCUAAAUAAAUGAUUGGACAGUUUCAUAACAUAUCUAAGAUAAGAAAUUACUUUAUAUUGAUUGAUCUUUACAAAUUGUCUACCAUUCUAUGAUUCCCCAAUUAGCGGUGCUUCCAUGACAAACGACAAGUCUUCUUUAGAAAAAAGAAGAAAUACUCAAUUUUAUACAUUGCUAUAUCAGAAAUCGUAAGUCAGAAGAUAUACAGAUAUAGCGAAAUAAUUACCAAUACCUAGUUUUUUUUUUAGGGGAAAAAUGUAAAUGACUGCUUUAAAGUGUUUAAUGGGUGGUCAGCUGGUAGAAUGAUUUUUGAAUUGUCACUGCCAGGGAGUCUACACUUAGUUUUAUUCAUUACACAAGUGCAGAAUUAUUGAGAAUAUUGCAACAGAAGCGAGCCCUAGGUGAUACUAUUAAACUGUUAUGUAAAUAAAGGACAAUCAAUGAGGGAUUGAUUCAAUUCAUUCUUCUAUCAGCUGAUAUACUUUUAAUACUCGAAGAAGAAAACAUCUAGCUAGGAGUAUAGAGUAUAUGUCUGUAUAUAAGGUAAAGAUUCGCCUAUAACGUGGGAUUUGUUCUUAUGUGCUGUAGUCCCAGAAAAAGGGUAUGGUCAGGGCUUCCCUAAAAGGUUGUUUCUAAAUGAAUUUUUUUGUAUUAUUUGAUCUUGUAUUAUUUAUUCAAGUAGUAACUUUAUUGCUUCCUGCCCUCUCUCUUUCCAAAUAAUAGAAUCGUCAUGAUUAGAAAUAUUCAAGAAUAAAGCUAAUUUUGAUAGGUACUAUGAGGAGAGUGGUGUACUAGGUGAGCCGUUGGAACAUCGGAUUGAAUACAUUGUGGAUUUAGUUAUGGACCUUCAUGUUGUAAGUUCAAAUCUCAGCGAGGAGAACGUUACUUUUUAUCCCCCAAGGACUGAUUUAAUCUAUUAUCCCCGUUCGACUCACCUAGCUCCCUAGAGAAAUUUGUGGCUUUAAACAAAAAAACGUUAUCAGAGUCAACAAGACUUUCUAGGCUGACUUGCAAUGCGGCUAAACUGGCAUUCCGUUUAAAUUUAAUAUUGCUGACAUGUCUUCACAGCAUGUUAGUUCAAAUAUCACAUCACCCAGUUUGAUGUUUCUUGAAUUUAGUUAUUUGUGAUAAAAUAGUGAAAGGAAUCUAGAAUCAGAGGGUCUUCUUUAAUUUUUUGUCUAUGGCUCUUACACAUACAUAGCUUAAUGUAUUAAAUAGAACAAAAUUCAAAUCCAAGAAAAAGGUCAUCUUCAAAAUAUCACGAUUCUUAGAUGCCUGGUCGCAAGUCCUUCAAAAGUUUAGUGGAAGUUGAUAGAAGUUAUAAAACAUCAAAUUAAUGUUAAGAGACAGUGGCAGAGACCACCCUAUUUCGAGUUAAAGUCUUCUUGGAGGAGAAUCACCAACAAACAGGAAAUAUGAAGUUCCGAUUGUUGUUUGUCAUUCACUCUGUGUAUCCGGAACAUUUUUAUACGUUUGUCCCAAACGUCCAUGCUUCUUUUCAGACUUUGUUUCAUACAUUCUGAAUAAUAUAGAGCUUUCCUUUCAUAAAUUUCAAGUUACUCUGGUAGUUGAAAAAACCCCCAAAAAACAGUAGGAUCGUGUAUCAUGCAUGAUGCGUAGACACCAGGGAAAUAUGUUCUGUGUACCACAUUUGAUAGAAAGGACAAGCAAAGGGUUAACCAGACUGAUUCCUAGAUUUAGGGUUAAUUAAGCAACUUGCUAAAAGGUAAUAAUAUAUUUCUGCUAGUUCAGAGUGAUCUAAUUAAACAGGAAUGACAAUUACCAAAACUAAUAUUGACACGAUUGUCAUUUAGUCAUGUACCUGACCGUUUUGCGAGCAGAAGUCGUUAGGAUUGUAGAAGAGGAUGUGCUACAUUCUGGAUUCAUGGACUUCUGUGAUUCUUUGAACAUUUCCACAAUAUUUGUUGAUCAUUUCUAAAUUGUUUCCAUAUUUUCUUCUCUAAUACUUUACAUUAUUAACCAUAUUCCAAUAUUUGACCGAUUACAUUAUAGAGAAACAUUAUUUAAUUAUUCAAUUCAUUGCCAAUUAUUUGAUUAAUUUCAUUGAAUAUCGAAUUGAGAUCUGUUCAAACACUAAGGAUAUUUAAUCCUUCAAUUCUACUAUUGAAUUUGUUCCGUUAUUUAAUAUAAUCAGCAUUUCGUCGUUAGAUGGUGUGCUAUUAAAAGUGUUUCGCCGUUGAAUGUAUUCUGUUAUUAUACACCAAACGUUUCUUGCUAUGAACCGUGCUCUGCAAUUACACGUUGUUUGUAUGUUUUGUUAUUUAUGUUUGGCUAUUAACCAUAGAAUAUCAUACGUUAUUAAAUAUGUUCUGUAAUUUAACAU